AUUUACCCCCAAACCCCACGCCCACUCUCCAAUAUUUUCGUCUGCAAAGAAUAAGCAGGAAGAACAGGACUUGUCCAACUGAUAAUUUCCGAUUCUGUAGACGAAUUUUUAUAUAACAAACUCAAUUCUUCUCUCUCUACUUUUAUUUUUUAAAAUUAAUAAACCAGAAUUAGGCCAAGAUGGUGACUGGUAGCUCUCAUAAAUCUGUGAAAUUCUCCAGUUAGGUCACGUUUCAAUUUCAAAAAUUCAACUUUUGUAUUUGUUUACAGGUGCUGUGUCGAUUUCUUGCUCUGCAAAAUUCAAAAUUGCCAUGAGUUUUCCUUCAGAUUUCCUCUCUUUCUUUCCUUCAAACUGAAUUUUUCACCACUGGGUGUUAAAAUCCAUGGCAGAUUCAGAAACUCUUUCUUUCUCCCAACCCUCUUGGUUUCUCUGAAUAUGGAUUUCUAUUAUCGCUUAUUCUUUCAAAAUCUGUUCUUGUUUCUUGCUAUCCUAUUCAUCUCUGUUUUCUUCUAUUUGGUUCCUCUGUUCACUUUCAUCCCUACAUUGUUCCUCAGAUUAAGAAGGGGUCACGCUACUUUAAACGACAAUUCGGAAUUUUUUGAAGUUCUGCCUGAAGAAAAACAAUUCGACAAUGAGAAAGUUGAUUCGGACAAGAAUGACGAUAAGGAGAAAACUGAGUUUUGUUUUAAGUUUAAAUUCCCAACCUAUGAGGAAUUUAGGAAAGACAAGACAGAAACUGGUGAACUUAUCGCGUCUGAGUUUGUACCAGAAAAGAGUUUUAGCAGUUUAAUUCAAGAACCUGAGAUUGUGAACCUGAAUGCUGAAGAAAUUGGUUGUAAUAUGAAAGAUGUGUUUGAUUUGGAUGAAGAAGACAGGAAAGAAGUACCACAUCAUAAAAUGGAAGGCAUUCAGGAGGAAGAGGAGCACACAGGCGCGCCUGAACACCACGGUUAUCAAAAGGAAAUUGAAGGAAUGGAAUUCCUCAAGGGAGAAUCAGAUUCUGUCUGCAAACAAUUAUUGGGUGAUUCAGAUUUCCCUGAUGAAUUUUUGUUUCAAUCAGAGAAAGAUUCUUCAGGUACUGAUUCAGAUACUGUAUCAGUUGGUUUUGAGCAUAUGCGUUCGCUUAUGAGCAGGUUAGUAAAUUCCUACAGUGAUGGCUUCUUGUCAGAUGAAGAUUUUGGUGGUGAAUUUGAGCUUGAUCCUUUAAAUUUAAAAAAUCUUGAUUUGUCUGAAGAAAAUCAUGAAUCUGAGGAUUUUGAGGACAGUGAUAGUGAUAUAAUGGAAGAGUUAAGGGGAUUAGAACAAGAAGACCAGCAAAAUGACUCAGAAUUUUUAUCCCAGAAUGAUAUUCAUGAAGAUUUGGGCAUGGUUGAAAGCUUAGAAUUUGUUACAGAAGAUGACAAGUUAAUUUAUGGUCCACAAGAGUCUGAAAAUCCCAAGUCAAUAAACACAGCUAUUGUUGACACUUCUGGGGAUGCAAACAAAUUAGAAUCCCUGUGGGAACAUCAAGAGUUGAUUGAACAAUUAAAGAUGGAAAUUCGAAAAGUCAGAGCCACGGGUCUGCCUACUAUUUUGGAAGAGUCUGAGUCUCCAACAAUGGACGAAUUACAACCGUGGAAGAUUGAUGAAAUGCUUCAUCGUGAAGAUUCUAUGAGCGAACUUCACAAAUUCUACAAGAGUUACAGAGAGAAAAUGCGAAAAUUCGACAUCUUGACGUAUCAGAAGAUGUAUGCAAUAGGUUAUCUGCAGAAAGAUCUGCUAAAAGAUCCACUGCAAUUACUGUUCAACCAGAAAUCUUCAGGUCCAACACUAAAAUCCCUUCUCUCUCAAAAUAUUAGGCUAUUCAAACAUAAAAGUCAUGAUAUUGACCCAAUGGUAAGGUUUAUUAAAGAAAUGCAGAGUGAUUUGGAAGUGGUAUACGUUGGCCAGAUGUGCCUUUCUUGGGAAUUUUUGCACUGGCAAUAUAUGAAGGCUUUAAAUUUGUGGGAUUCUGACCCACGUGGGAUCCGAAAAUAUAAUGAAGUAGCUGGAGAGUUUCAACAGUUUCAGGUGCUCAUGCAAAGAUUUAUUGAAAAUGAACCUUUUCAAGGGCCUAGAGUUCAAUAUUUUAUCAAGAGUCGAUAUGAUCUUCGUAAUCUUCUUCAAGUUCCUGUUAUUAGAGAUGACAGAGUGAAGGACAGAAACAAGGCAAGAACAAAAGAGAAAGCUGUUUUUUCAAUUACAAGUGACAUGCUAGUGGAGAUACUGGAAGAAUCUAUACGAAUAUUUUGGCGCUUUGUCAAAGCCGAUAAAGAUUGUUAUAGCGUGAUGGCGAAAGGUCAAAAGGGAAUUCAUCCAGAGGUUCAAGAACAAGAGGACGUGGAGCUUUUACUGGAGAUCAGAAAAAAUCUUGAAAAGAAGGAGAAGAAGCUGCAGGAAGUUUUGAGAAGUGGAAAUUGCAUAUUGAGGAAGUUCAGGAAGAACAGAGAAGAUGAUUCAGAUCAUGUACUCUAUUUUUUCUCUCAAGUAGAUGUGAAAUUAGUGGCUAGGGUCCUCAACAUGUCAAGGCUAACCAAAGAUCAACUAGUGUGGUGUCACAAUAAAUUAAGCAGGAUUAGUUUUGUACAUAGGAAAAUACAUGUAGAGCCCUCUUUUUUGCUCUUCCCUUGUUAAUACUAGUCAUUGUUUUUAGUAUCAAAUCAAGCCAACAAGUUUUCUUUCG